ACUGCUCACAAUGUCCAUCAAAAAGGAAGGUGCCCACAAGAAAUGGGCUGCCCUGAAGGAGAAACUUGGGCCCCAGGAGACAGACCAGUCAGAGGCCAACCUAGAAAACGCCGAGCCGGAGCUCUGCAUCCGCCUCCUUCAAAUGCCUUCCGUGGUGAACUACUCUGGGCUGAAGAAGCGGCUGGAGAACAGCGACGAUGCCUGGAUGGUCCAGUUCCUGGAGCUCUGUGGGCUCGACCUCCUCCUGGAGGCCCUGGACAGGCUGUCCGGGCGAGGGGUGUCCAGGAUUUCUGACGCCUUGCUGCAGCUCACCUGCAUCAACUGCGUGCGAGCGGUGAUGAACUCCCACAAGGGGAUCGAGUACAUCGUCAGCAACGAGGGCUAUGUCAGAAAACUCUUCCAAGCACUUGACACAACUAAUGUCAUGGUCAAAAAGCAAGUAUUUGAACUCCUGGCUGCACUGUGCAUUUAUUCAUCAGAUGGCCACGCUUUGGCUUUGGAUGCCCUGGACCAUUACAAGAGUGUGAAGAACCAGCAGUAUCGAUUCAGUGUCAUAAUGAAUGAGCUCUCAAAUACAGAUAACGUGCCAUACAUGGUGACGCUACUGAGUGCUAUUAAUGCCAUAAUACUGGGGAAAGAAGAGCUAAGAACAAGAACACAAAUCAGAAACGAGUUCAUAGGGCUUCAGUUAUUGGAUAUUUUAGACAAGCUAAGGUAA